GUUGGAUUUAUAGGACUUGGGGCAAUGGGAACUCGAAUGGCAGAGAACCUGAGAAGAUCAGGCUAUGGGUUAGUGGUGCACGACACCAGUAUUGCUGCAUUGGACGCCUUCUGUAAGCAUGAGGGUGUGGAAAGCGUGUCAACUCCCGCUGCUGUAGCCGAAGAAGAAGGUAUAAUCAUCACCAUGCUGCCAUCCUGCAAGCACGUCAUGGAUGUGUACUGUGGCACAGAAGGCAUUCUUUCAGCAGAAGGCUCGCCCCUUGCUCCUCACUGUGGGACGAGACCAUCAUUGUUCAUUGACUCAUCCACCAUCAAUCCUGUGACUGCUCAGAAGCUGGCCCAGAAAGUUUCUGAAACAUCUCUGCACCGCGAGUCUCAGCCCUUUCCUGGAUGCAGCGCUCGCAGCCCCAUGAUGGUGGAUGCACCUGUGUCUGGCGGGAUUACUGGUGCAAGUGCAGCAACCUUGACAUUCAUGUGCGGCGGCGAUAGGAAUGCCGUGAGUGCCGCAGGACCCUUUUUAAAAAGUAUGGGAAAGAAGUCGUGGCAUUGUGGAGCGGCAGGAAUGGGACAGGCUGCCAAGGUAUGCAAUAAUCUAGCGCUAGCAAUACAGAUGGUCAGCAUAGCAGAGGCUGCAGCGUUGGGAGGUCGGCUUGGCAUGGAUCCCAAGCUACUGGCAGACAUAUUUAAUUCGUCCUCUGCAAGGUGUUGGACCUCCGACUCAUAUCACCCUGUCCCGGGAGUCAUGGCUGAUGUGCCAGCAUCCAAGGGCUACAAGGAUGGGUUUGCCACUCGACUCAUGAUCAAGGACCUUGGUCUUGCAAUAUCUGCGGCAGAGCAUGCUGGCUCAGCAACGCCCAUGGCCAAUGAAGUUCUGAAGCUGUACCAAAAGGUUGCAGAAGAUGCAGAUGACCGCCUGGAUUUUGGUGCAAUCUACAGAUAUGUCUAUAAUGGAGAUGCAGCAGAUGCCAGUGGAGGUUCUUGA